UUUGUAGAAGCUGAUAAAAUGCCAGGUCUGUGCAGCCUCCGGGGAGAGCCCCGCUUCUUGAUGAUGUGAUCGAUCACGUUUCAUUCUCAUUAAUACACUUCGCUAGCGUUUGGAGAGAGGGGCUGGCCGCCGUUUGCUUGUCAUUCCCGGUUCGGUGGUCUUUCUGUGGGCAAGGGGAUCGUAAGAGAUAUACUCUCACCACACCUCCUAUAUUUGCAUUUGGUCAUUAAGGAGAUCCUUUGGGAAUAUCAGACCUCCAUGUACGACAAUUUGUACCUGCAUGGAUUUGAAGACUCGGAGGCGGGUUCGGCUGACUCAUACACUAGCAGGCCAUCUGAUUCAGAUGUCUCACUGGAUGAGGAGCAGGGCGGCCGACAGGAGAAAGAACAGCAAGCCACUGUCCAGCUGGAAAGGGCGAAGACCAAAGCAGUGGCCUUCGCCGUGAGAACAAACGUCAGUUAUUGUGGUGCCCUGGACGAGGAGGUUCCUGUCGCUGGUACUGCCAUUUCCUUUGAUGCUAAAGACUUUCUUCAUAUCAAGGAGAAGUACAACAAUGACUGGUGGAUCGGGCGACUGGUGAAGGAAGGCUGUGAUAUAGGCUUCAUUCCCAGUCCUUUAAAGCUUGAGAACUUUCGCUUACAACAGGAACAGAAAAGGAGUCGCUUCCACGGGAAGUCCAGUGGAAACUCCUCCUCCAGUCUGGGUGAAAUGGUGUCGGGCACCUUCAAGCCAAACCCUCCAUCUGCAGGUAAACAGAAACAGAAAGUGGCCGAGCACAUUCCUCCAUAUGAUGUGGUUCCCUCCAUGAGGCCGGUGGUCUUAGUUGGCCCAUCACUUAAGGGCUAUGAGGUGACGGAUAUGAUGCAGAAAGCACUCUUUGACUUCUUGAAACACAGGUUUGAAGGCAGGAUAUCAAUAACAAGAGUAACCGCAGACAUCUCUUUAGCCAAGAGAUCUGUGCUGAAUAACCCCAGUAAAAGAGCCAUUAUUGAGAGAUCAAACACCAGAUCCAACUUAGCUGAGGUUCAAAGUGAGAUAGAGAGGAUCUUUGAAUUGGCCAGAUCCCUUCAGCUUGUUGUCCUGGAUGCGGACACAAUCAACCAUCCAGCCCAACUCAUCAAGACAUCUUUAGCUCCUAUUAUCAUCCACGUCAAAGUGUCUUCCCCAAAGGUAUUGCAGAGGCUGAUUAAAUCCAGAGGAAAGUCUCAGAGCAAGCAUUUAAACGUACAGUUGGUGGCUGCGGACAAAUUAGCUCAGUGUACUCCAGAUAUGUUUGACAUCAUUUUGGAUGAGAACCAGCUGGAGGAUGCAUGUGAACACCUGGCAGAGUACCUGGAAGCCUAUUGGCGGGCAACGCACACAUCUCUCAGCACUCCUCUGAACCCUCUGCUGAGCCGGAACCUGGGCUCCACUGCACUGUCUCCAUACCCAACAACCAUCUCUGGAUUACAGAGCCAAAGAAAUAAAAACAGCAAUCACAUCCGCGACCACUCUCCGAUGGAGAGGCACAGUUUGAUGACCUCAGAUGAGAACUACCACAACAACGAACGGCAAAAGAAGAGCCAUAACCGCUUAUCCUCCAGCUCCCAGCAAAGUCAUGACCACUACCCGCUGGUAGAAGAGGACUACCAGGAUCCCUAUCAGGAUGCAUACAAACCUCACCGCAACCGGGGCUCCCCCGCCGGCUACAGUAAUGACUCACGGCACAGACUCUAGAUCAAUACCCAAACCACAGCUGUCAGAGCUAUGGGAUAACUCUCAUGUAAUUGUCUAAGCCAUUUUUCCCAAAAUGAAUUGCAGUGCAUUCUUGUGCCCGCCUAUGGGCUGUCUUAUCUAAAUGCAAGAUCUUAGCACCCUUGCCCUUGAAUAUCUCUAGUCAGGCCAUUGAAGGCGGGAGGUGCUGAUGUUUAUGUGCAGUAGUUAAGAGAUAAUGUUCUUUUAAAGAUGUCACACGUGUAGCACAGGACGAGAAAGUGAGAUUUUUUUAAUAUAGAUCUAGAACCAAGGUCUGAUAUCCCUGUAUUUGCAGGAAUUGCUUUGAUGGCAUGCAUAUGUUCAGCCUGAAUUUACUGGCACACGAGAAUGCGUAUCAGUACCAACAGCCAAUCAGCACAAAGGCUGUUUGCACGGUUUAGUAGCCAAUGGAGUAUCAUGCAUUUACUAUUAUACCAUUUUUUUUCAUUUUUCCUUUCCCAGGCAGCCUCAGGUACAGAGCACGAAAGCUUCACUCGUGCCAAAAAAUUGAGCUGUUUUUGUGACAUCCCUGUAGUUUAUCCUGUCUGUUUCUCAUUGAAUAUAUCCACAGGUAGUGUCAAAGGAUGCUUUUCUCAGCAGAAUGCAAAAGAUAGCAACAAGUUUUCAUGUUUUUGUUACAUGCACCAUGAUGCCUACAGUUAGAUGUCCUAAAGCAAAGAAAAUAUCAAAUUGGGGAGGGGGUGAAAAAUAUAACAACAUGAAAAAUGAUCAACCCCAAAAGAGACAUUUUUAAUACAAAGUAUAAUUUAUCUCUUUUUUGAUUUUGGGGUCAGACAUGUUGGGUCAGAUUCAUCGCAAAAGGUAUUAAAACAACGAGAUUAACACAGUUUGGUUUGUUCAUAAUAUAUCAUAUUCCACUCUCUGCAUAUUUGCUGAUUCUGUCAUACAAAAAUGUGGCAGCUAAACGGAGAUCUGUUCUUUAAACCUUUUCAUGAGUCACGUAUGUUAGUCAAAAUGUGUUAGCAAAGUUCCUUUGUUGAAUUUAUCAGGUUUAGGUGUAUCAGACAUUUUCUGUUUAGCUUGUGGCUGAUCAAUAAUAGUCUCUGUGGGUUUUAGCAGGUACACUGGAGGUUUACUUGUAGUAAACAAAUAUUGGGAUUUAGUUUAGAUAGAUUUAGAUAAAUUAAGAUGCUAUGUAAACAGCUAAGAAUAAAUUAGUGUUUUUUUAUUGUUUGUACAUCUUUUGUAAAGGAACAUCUGUAGUUAUAGGGAUACUCAGCACAAAAAUGAAAAUUCUGCCAUUAGUGGCUUACAUUUUUCCAAACAUCCUUCUUCGUGUUUAAAGGACAAAUACAUUUAUACAGGUUUGGAACAACUUGGAGGGUGUAAUUCAUGACAGAUUGUUCAUUUUUGAGUUGAGUAUCCCUUUAUUGGGCCGGUUUGCAAAAGUUAUAUAUGCACUGUGUAGUUUUGCUAGUGUAAACGGCACCAAUCACGUGUGAUUAUUGGCUUUGCGUGCAAACUACAUGGUUGUGCUGAAGGUUUAUAUUCUGUCUUUUAUGUUUUGUUCUUUUUAAUUUUUUAUCCAUCCCAUUCCCAUUUAUCAUAUUUUCAUUUUUUUUGUUUCAUCAGACAAAUGGUUCCAGAAAUAAAAUGUUUUCAGUCAGCACAGUUAUUCACAGCAAAUAUAUUUAAUAGCACUUUUCUUGAAUUUACUUGAAAUACUGCAUUUAAUACGUUUUAAAGAGCAUUUAGUCCUAAUUUAGUGCUUACUGUAUACUUCAGUAGCUUUAUAUAGUUAAAAAUGUGGUCAUUUCUGCUGUACAGUAGCCUAUGUUUUAUUGGUGUGAAAAAACUGCUGGGUUUGGCCACGUGCCAUCUGCUGUGAGUUCUUAAUAAACCUGCAACAAUUAUGAAUAGGUAGCUUUGAUCAAAACUGCAUUUGUCCUGUGCACAACCAGUAGGAAAGAGAUUCUGAAGGGUUUCAGUAUAUAUGUAGCAUUUGAAAGCAUUCAGUAAAUGUUAAUAGCUGGAGUUGAAGGGCCAGUAGAAGUCUUUGUAGUUUAGGUUAAGUGUCCUUAUUCUCUAUGAUCACUGCCACUCCCAUUCCCCUUUAAACAUGUAGAAUAUUUCAUAAACUGUAAAAUAUUACACUAUUCAAUUGUCUUGCUUAAACCAAUAAGUAUCUCUGAAUUAAAGAAUGUCAGGAUUUUUUUCAAUUUACUUUAUACUGUAUGAGAAUAAUUUUAAAGUUUUGGAUGUUUUGUUUUUAAAUUAUUUUUAUUAUUAAAUAAAGGUAAACAAAACUAUUAACUAUAAAUAAAUACAAUUUCAAAUUUACAAGGCUUAUUAAAAAAACAGAUAACAUUUUAAGCAUCAAAAGCGCAUUUUUCUCCAAAAGUAUAUCAGAAACUCAUAUUUUGGCAUAAGAAUCAAACCGCAAAAUGCUCAAAAACAUGCACAACAACCUGUACCUAUUAUGAUCCUUCAAUUUAAACUGGUUUUGGUGACACUACUACCAAAUGCUCAGGACCCAUCAAUACCCCAUAUUCAUUUUUAUUUUAUUGACUAUGGUAUUGUCUCCAUGAAUGUCUCAUGUUACUGUUGUAUUAUAUUUCUUUGUAAGUAAACCCUGUCAGUGACUUUACAAUUAUGCCAUAUAUUUUAAAUAAGAAGUUUUUGGGUUAGAGAAAAUUGUAGGCAAUUUUCAUGCAUACAUCCAAUAUUUCGGUUUAAUGCUUUUCUCUCUGUUCUAUUUUUUCAACUAGUGUUCAGAUAUUGUAGAAGAAAACUUUCUGUCUUAAAUACCACAGCCCAGGAAAACCAUCCCCAGAUGUAUCUUCCUGGCCUGGUGACAGAUUGUGUUUUUCCUCAGUGAAAGUUCUAUAUCAUGCAAUGGCAUGUUGAAAAAAGAUGAUGGGAACUUACUCUAAAUAAGCGACAGCCAUUAACUAUGCAAAUGUAUACAGCGCAUGCUACUGCUUUAGCUCCCUCUGCAAACUACUGGCUUCAUUUGAGGUUCAGACUGAAUUGUGGGUAGGCCUAUUAUUUUUGCAGGGUGGUAUUUGAGAGAAGUGCACGGAUAUAUUUUGCAUCAUCAGAUGUUUUGGGGAAAAUAAAUGUGUGAAUAGGUGAUUUAGUGGCAUUUUCUUUUGUAAAUAAAAUGUAUUGUAAAAGACA